AGGCUCCUGAACGCCCCUCGGGAGGAGCAGGCGGAUGUUGUUGUUUUAGCUUCGCGCUGGAGGAGAAACAUGCAGUAGCUUCAGACACAUCUGGAUGUUUUAAAGUAAUGGACUGAUUUUCUACUCGUGUUCAAGAUGGCGAGAGACAGGAAGUGCAUCCUGUGCGAAACGGUCCACGUCUCCAAGCAGGAGAUGGAUGAGCACAUGAGGAGCAUGCUGCACCACCGAGAGCUGGAGAAGCUCAAAGGAAGGGACUGCGGACACGAGUGCAGAGUGUGUAAGGUGACGGUGGCGAGCCUGACGGAUUACGCCGGACACAUCUCCAGUCCCAAACACAAGCAGAACGUGGAGGCCGCCGAGCUGAAGCAUGCUGGGAACGACCGCGACGAGGUGUACUUCGACCGGGCGUUUGUGGACCUCAUCGAGAAGAGGAAGGAACAGAUCAGGAAAGAAAAAGAGGCCACUUCUGCAAAGCUUGCAAAAGAAGAAGCGGAUCGCCGGAGAAAGGAGGAGAUAAGGCUGAAACUAAAAGAAACUAAGGAACACUACCGGCUGGAGAUCGUCCGGAAACAACAACAACAGCAACAACAACAACAACAGGCUCAGGCCUCCAGAGGAUCCAUUCACAACCGGACCUGGUACCGGGGGAACCACUUUGAAGGGGAGGCACCGCCCUGGCAGCACAGCCAGCAGCCGGGGAGGAGCGCCACCUGGCACGCUCAGGAGCCGCCCAACCUGCAGAAGUGGGCGUCAGCGGAGUUCACCGGAGGAAGUUUACACAACCAGGGCAGCCGGCAGUGGGAGCAGAAUGGAUUCUCUCAGCAGAGCCGCCAUCCGUGGCUGAGCAGCGGAGGCAGCAGCAACGGCAUCUACGGGAAGAAUAACAUCGCCCAGUGCCCACCGCAAAGAAGCCGACCGCUGAGCUUCCUCGGGCCUGCUCCCAUGUUUCCACCUCCACCUAUUUUGUUUUCCCGCCCUCUUAACCAGUUUCAGAGUAAAGUGAAUGAUCAGCAGGCGGAGGUAGUUCAGAACGGAGAGGUGAAAACACCAGAACCGGAUCACAGCAGCGGGAAAAGCUCUAAAACCUGUGGGAGCAAUCCGAAGCUGGACAAAGCGUGUCGCUGGACUCCCUAUCCCUGCACUAAGGGGUUUGAACCUGUACCCCUUAAGGAGACAACCCCAACAGCAACAGAGAAGCCCCCAACAGAGAAGCCCCCCAAACCCCAGAAACAAGAGAAGCCACAAGAGGCUUUAAGCAGGCAGUCUCGGCCUGAAGAGAAACAGAGCGUGGAAGAUAAAGGGAAGCAUAAAACAAUUCCCAAAACCAAACCCAGAGACCGGAGCAGCAGCGGGAGCAGAAGCAGCAGCAGCACGCAGAGAGACGCCAAACAGGACGCCACUUCUGGAGCUUCAAAUCAGAAAGCGAGUAAGCCAUCGCUGCAAAAAGACCGGAAGACGACAUCAGUUCCUGGUCCAGCGCAACUCGCCUCAAAACAGCUGAAGGCACAAUCCAAAUCAGCCAGAUUGAGCUCCCAGGCUCCGGCUGUCGGGCCGCUUCAGUCGAGGCAGGAGAGGCAGAUUCCAGAAGCUUUAAAGAAAGCCCGACAGAGCGUGUUGGAGAAGAAGAGCUCCUUGGAGAGGAACAACAGGAUGGAGAUGAAGCUGCACAUCGUGGAGGAUCAGAGUCAGAUCGGAGUGAAUAAAGAGAACAGGCAGAAUGCCGCUAAACCCAAUCUACCGGAUUUAGUGAGAGCAGAAAAGCCUGCUUCACAAUCUCCAGACGGCGGCCAAUUCCUCCAGUCGUUACAAGUGAGCACCUCAACUCUGGAGAGCUCCGAUCUUGCAGCAUUAAACCAGGAGAACACGGAGAAGGAAGCAUCCGCAGCGGCCUCAGAUGAAGCCAUGCAGGCAGCAGAGUUCGGCCAGAGUUCAGAGAGCGACGCCUCCAGAAGUGGUGACGCUCAAACGGCGCCCGGUCUCUCCAAACUGGACCUGCCUCCCGUCCUGAAGCGAGACCUGACCAAACACAUCAGCACCAAAAGCAAACCGGGCGCCCACGAGCCCAACCUGAACAUCGCCCGGCGGGUCAGGAACCUGAGCGAGUCCCGGAGGAGCGACUCGGAGAAAGACUCGGGACUCAAACCCACGGUGAGGCAACUCAUCAGCUCCUCCGGGUCCCGACGCAACGUCAACUGGGAGCAGGUGUACCAGGAGGUCCGGAAGAAGCAGGACAAAGGGAAAGGCAUGCCGAGGUUUGGGAUCGAGAUGGUGCCGAUGGAGCAGGAGGACCAGAGCCAGGAGGAAGGAGACAUUCCCCUGAUCGAGGGUUUCCAGUGGGAGUCUUUAAUGGACGCCCCCGCCUCUAGAAAGCGCUCCUUAUCAGAGAGCAGCGUCGCCCCCGCAUCCGCCCACUCCCUGUUCACUCCCUUCAUCAAAAAGGAGGCGCCGGAACAAAGACAAGCGGAGUUCACUUCUCCAAAUCCUGCGUCCGCUAAAGGGAACAAGGAGGAGGAGAAGCAGCAGGUGGAGGUGGAGCAGAUGCUGGGUCAGAGUGAGGAGAAAGCUCUGGAGAAGUUGUCCUCGGCCACAGUGAGGGCGCUGCAGAGGUCAGACUCUGUGCUCGGAGACAGCAGUUCGAUGGAGGAGCUCUACGACGGACAGGGAACCGGGAAGAGACGAAGAGCAGCCGGGGACGUCCCGAGUGCAGAGACGUCUUGUUUGGAACACAAUAGCAAAAGGAGGAAAGUCAAAUCCAAAAAAGAGCGCCUGCAGAUCGACCAGCUGCUGACUGUCUCUCUGCGUGAGGAGGAGCUGUCUCGCUCCCUGCAGACGGUCGACUCCAGUCUGAUCCAGGCUCGAGCUGCUCUGGAGGCGGCGUACCUGGAGGUGCAGCGGCUCAUGGUGGUCAAACAGCAGAUGAGUGGAGAGAUGAGCACUCUGAGAAACAAACGCAUCGAGUUACUCAAAGGGAUGCAAGGUAGCUUAGAGGAAGCCCCUGUGGUGAAGCUAAAAGACGAAAGGCUGGAUUCGGUAGUAGCUUAUCCACAGAUGCUCCCUUCCUCCCUCCCUUCCUCCCCCAGCCCAGAUCCUCCUGCACCCCCCCCUCCCUCCCCUCCCUCCCCUCCCCCCCCCUCCUCCAGCCUCACCUUCACACCGCUCAUCAUCAAACAGGAACCAAAGUCUCCGAUCCACGUCAGCUCGGAGACAGACCACGUGGAGAAUAAAACCUCCUUCGCUCACAGCACCACUCCUGAGCUGCGGGCACCCCCCCCUCCUGCAGCUCAGUCACCAGAUCCCACCCCUAACUUCCAGCCGUCCCCUGAGCGUUACUCGACGAACACAGACCAGAAAUGGGAGGUCUUCAACGACCCUGCAGACUCUAAAGAGAGCUUAUCAGAGCUGGUGGAGACGAUGGAGCGAGCCACUCAGGCAUCGAGAAGCUGCCUCGACUCCAAAGCCUCCAUCAAGCUGCUCUCCGUCAGCAGGCGGAGCUCCGAGGUCGGGAGCGUAGCUGAUUCUGCAGCUUCUUCACACUACUUCGAGCCCCCCUCAGCUGUUCAUCUGCCCACCUCUCCUCCUGAGUCGAGGAGCGGGAAGCGAGUGAGGAAGCUGAAGAAGAGGAAGGUGUUGAAGAAGGCCGGGGGCACGGAGCAGGCGGAGAGCAGCGACACGGAGCUGGACGGAGAAACGAUGAAACCGCGAUGGCUCCGACCCAGAAGGAGAACCAGCGGAGGAUCUCCUGUCAGCACCUCAACGCCUCCUUCAGAGGAGAGAGACGUGAAGAAGGAAGACCCCGAGACACACAAAUACAAGGUGGAGAUUCCCCCGGCUGAGGAGGAGGAGGAGAUGGAGGUGACUGAAGCCUGUCUGCAGCCCCACAUCGCCUGCAACGAGGUCACCUCCACCAGCGACAUGGACGUGUGCAGAUCCUCCGAGAGUGACAUGCCGUUUCCCAUCUUAUCGCCCAAGAUGUCGAUGAUCUUCUCAGAUGCGUCCUCGGACCACGGUGAGGAUGAUUUGCCCUCUGAAGGUGCGUUCGAGGGCCAUCAGGAAGCUGUGAACGCGGUGCAGAUCUACGACGGGCUGCUGUACACCUGCUCCGGAGACCGCACCGUCAGAGCCUUCAACCUCAGGAGUCGUAAGUGUGUGGGAGUGUUUGAGGGUCACAGCUCCAAGGUGAGCUGCCUGCUGGUCUCUGCAGCUCCGAGCCUCCACCAUCGCCUCUACUCCGGGUCCAGUGACCAGACCAUCUGCUGCUACAACCUGAAGACGCGGGAGCUGGAGCAGCAGUUCCCUCUCUCAGACCGAGUCCUCUGCCUCCACAGUCGAUGGAAAACGCUGUACGCCGGACUGGCAAACGGCACCGUGGUGACCUUUAACCUCAAGACCAAUAAGCAGAUGGAUGUGUUUGAGUGCCACGGUCCUCGGGGGGUGAGCUGCAUGGCCUCCUCUCAGGAAGGAGCGAGGAGGAUCCUAUUGGUCGGAUCCUACGACAACACCAUCAGCGUGAGGGACGCUAAGAGCGGCCUCCUGCUGAGAACUCUGGAGGGCCACACCAAGACCGUGCUCUGCAUGAAGGUGGUGAAUGAUCUGGUGUUCAGUGGAUCCAGUGAUCAGUGUGUCUACGCCCACAACAUCCAUACUGGAGAGCUGGUGCGUGUGUAUAAGGGUCACAGUCACGCUGUUACCGUGGUUUCCGUCCUCGGGAAGGUGAUGGUGACCGCCUGUCUGGACAAACUGGUCCGAGUCUACGAUCUGCUGUCUCACGAGCAGCUGCAGGUUUACGGAGGACACAAGGACAUGGUGAUGUGUAUGACUAUCCACAAGAACAUGAUCUACACAGGUUGUUACGAUGGCAGCGUGCAGGCGGUGAAGCUGAACCUGAUGCAGAACUACCGCUGCGGGUGGCACGGCUGCUCCCUGGUGUUCGGGCUGAUGGAGCACCUUCAGCAGCACCUGAUCAGCGACCACAGCUCCUCUUCCUCUCAGAGCCUGAAGUGCCGCUGGAAGAAAUGUGACGAGUUCUUCUGCACCCGCAACAGCUCCAAGCAGGUGUUGCAGCUGCACAUGCAGAAACACGCCGAAGAGGAGACUGAAGUGGAGCCUUAAGUCCUCCCCUUUGUCCCGCCUCCCCACCUGUUAACCUCCCAUAUUGGGGGGGCGCUCUCCUCUAACGACGACUCCAUCCUUUAUGUUCGGUGUUGGAAUCCAACCAUAAAACUAUCUGAGGGGCUGUUCCCGUCAGCAGCUCCUGUUCCACUGACCAAAUAUAAGACCCUUUUUUUAUUGAAGAAACUCCAGUGUGUUGCCGGUGUGUUUAAGGGGGGGAGGGGUCGCGCUUUUAUGUUGAAACAGUUUGACGACUUCUUCGUGGCAUGGGCUCAGAGAUGUUUUUAUUGUUGUAGUGAUUUGUCAUGUCGAGCAACGUUUUUUUUCUUUUUUCUCAAGUUGCCAUUUUUCACUUUUUAUGACAAGUGAUUAAAAGUUUUCACGUUUUUAGUAUUUUAGUGUCCUUGAAGUGACAAGAAUACCUUUUUGUUUUCAGGGAAUAAUUUUGAACAUUUUGCUUAGGGUUUACGGAAGAGGUUGAGGGCGACAUGAAUAUAUUUUUUGGGGCAUCUGAGAUUAAAGUUUGAAAGUCAGAAUUCCGAGAUUGCAGAAUGUUUUCUCAGAAUUCCGACUUUAGUCUAAAAGAAUUUGACUUUUUUCUCAGAAUUAUGGCUGUUUAAUUCAGACGUUCUCAAAAUUCCGACUUUAAUCUAAAAAUUCCGAUUUUAAACAAAAACAAAUCUGAUUUUAUUCUCAAAAUUCCGACUUUAAACAAAAGAAAAUCGAAUUGAGUCGCAUAAUUCUGAUUUUAGUCAAAACAUUUUUACUUUUGUCUCAGAAUUAUGGCAGUUUAAUUCCGACUUUAUUCUCAAAAUUCCGACAUUAAACAAAUAAUUACGAAUUUUAUCUCAGAAUUAUGAUUUUAAACAAAAUAAAUCAGACUUUAAUCUCAGAAUUCUCAAUCCAAAAACGAUUUCCCCCGUGGCUCUUACCCUCGACCGUACGGAUUACUUCCCUUUUCUUUAGUUUUGCUCGGUGAUAAAAGGCGUUGAGGGACUUUGGUGCAGUGUUGUGUGAUUUGGCCUGAAGUUGCCAUUUGAAAAAUUUGCCGUGAGAACAGAGCCAAGACGUGUGUGUGUGUGUGUGUGUGUGUGUGUGUGUGUGUGUGUGUGUGUGUGUGUGUGUGUGUGUGUGUGUGUGUGGUGUGUGUGUGUGUGUGUGUGUGUGUGUGUGUGUGUGUGUGUGUGUGUGUGUGUGUGUGUGUGUGUGUGUGUGUGUGUGUGUGCGUGCGUGUGCAUGUUUAGGGGUGUUUAAUCUUCCUAAGUGCGGACAGAGUGUUUUUCCUUUGUCUGCAGAACCCGAGUGAGUGUUCUGAGUAUCGUUCUGUCUUUACGACCCAAUCUUUAUUUUUGAAAGAAUUUAUUUAAUAUAUUCGUAGCAUGGAGCAGGCGUGUUAUUUUCCACAGUGAAGAGAGUUUUCUAAUGAAGUGUGGAGGUGAAGGAAGUUUCGAGGAGGUGUUUGACGGAAAGAAUUAGGAUUCAUCUCCCAUGCCAUACUCACCCUAAAACAACUUUAAAAAAUAAACUAAUUUUAACCCGUUUAAAAAAAGCCCAGCUGAUGCUCUUUUGAGUGUUCUCACAGCCGCCAUUUUCCAAACUCGCCUCGUUUUUUUUGUUUGAUAUCCGAGGAAAAGCGUGCACUUCCCCUCUGAGCCGGCAAGCCUGAGUUUCUUCAAGUUUUUCAGUUGUUAUCAAAGUUUUGAAGAGAUACUUUUUUAAGCAAGUGCAAUGUUAAUAAUAAUAAUUAUAAUAAUAAAAAAUGGUGCAACAUCAUAAAA